AUGACCAACCAAUUAAUCUAUUCUCUUGAUCAAGAUUAUGGCGAACGCCAAGCUAAACGUGCUCGGUUGGCUGAGAGUUGCGCCGAAGCGGACGCUUGGCUAGAGGACGAGGAGGUGGAAAAUGGUUUCAACUUUAAGGAGGUAGAAAGCGAGACCACCGAAAGGAAAAAGACUGAAACAAACCAUACUAGCGAUGAUGACACUGUAGCCCUCGUUAAGACGCCCAAUACUUCGCUUGAGUCGUACGAGCCUCGAGAAGGCCAAGCGGAAUUUAAGCCAAUUAAGCCGGGGUACUUGAUUAGAGCCAACAUAUUUGUCGAGGAGCUAGAUGAAGAAGAUUUUCCUCAGGUAGAGACAAUAGAUGGCGACAUGGAGGCUAAGGAAGGAGACCAAGAAAUUCUCUCAAUUCAGAUGAACUCGCCAGAGUCGGGCAUGACGGCCCUUCGCCAUCGCAACUUAUGCUCUCCCAGAUUGGUUUUGAAAAUUGCCUGGCUAGACGGAUCAAAUCGUGAAUCAGCUAAUCAGAUCCUCUUUUAUCUGAUUAAUCGGCUCAAAUAA